CCCCGUGCUGCCUAUUGGCUGCGGACGGGGAGGGGCGGCCGCUCCGGCCCCGCUCGGCUCCCUCCGGCUGGGCUCGGCUCCUUUCGGCUGGGCGCUCGGCUCCCUUCGGCUGCGCUCGGCUCCCUUCGGCUGUGCUUGGCUCCCUUCGGCUCCGGUCAUCUGGGCUCGGCUGCGCUCGGCCACCAUGCUCCUGGGCCUGCGGCGCCUGCUGUGGGGCUGGCGGCUGCCCUGCCGCGCCUUGCCGCCCGCCCGUGCGUACCGCGGCGAUGCCGUGGCAGCCGUGGGCUCGGCCCCCGACGCGGGCUCCGCGCUCUACCAGGAAAACUAUGAACGAAUGAAAGCACUGGUAACAGAACUCAAAGAGCAAGCAGAAAAAAUCAGGUUAGGAGGUGGAGAAAGAGCUCGUAAGCUUCACACGUCAAGAGGAAAGCUGUUACCCAGAGAGAGAAUUGACAGGCUUAUUGAUCCCGGGUCUCCAUUCUUGGAAUUCUCUCAGUUCGCAGGUUACCAGUUGUAUGGUAAUGAAGAGGUACCAGCAGGAGGCAUUAUCACAGGCAUUGGACGAGUAUCUGGGGUGGAGUGCUUAAUUGUUGCUAAUGAUGCAACUGUCAAAGGUGGUACCUAUUAUCCCAUCACUGUUAAGAAACAUUUACGUGCUCAAGAAAUUGCAAUGCAAAACCAUCUCCCUUGCCUGUAUUUGGUUGAUUCAGGAGGAGCAAAUUUACCUCGGCAAGCAGAAGUAUUUCCAGAUCGAGAUCAUUUUGGACGUAUUUUCUAUAAUCAAGCAGUCAUGUCCUCACAAGGAAUUCCACAGAUAGCAGUGGUAAUGGGGUCCUGUACAGCAGGAGGAGCAUACGUACCUGCGAUGGCUGAUGAAAGUAUCAUUGUUGGCAAACAGGGAACAAUAUUCUUGGGAGGGCCACCACUGGUUAAAGCAGCAACUGGUGAAGAGGUAUCAGCAGAGGAUCUUGGAGGGGCAGAUCUUCACUGCAGAAAGUCUGGUGUGACUGAUCAUUAUGCUUUGGAUGACAAUCAUGCACUUCAUCUUGCAAGGAAAGCUGUAAGAAGUUUAAAUAUCCAGAAGAAAGUAGAUGUGGCUAUAGAACCAUCAGAAGAGCCUUUAUUUCCUGCUGAUGAAAUAUAUGGAAUAGUUGGCGACCAGCUCAAAAGAAACUUUGAUGUCAAAGAGGUCAUUGCUAGAAUUGUAGACGGAAGUAAAUUUGAUGAAUUCAAAGCCUUGUAUGGGGAUACUUUAAUUACAGGGUUUGCAAGGAUAUUUGGGUAUCCAGUAGGAAUUAUUGGAAACAAUGGUGUUCUUUUCUCAGAGUCAGCAAAGAAGGGUACACAUUUUAUCCAGUUGUGUUGCCAAAGAAAUACUCCCCUUGUGUUUCUGCAGAAUAUUACAGGUUUCAUGGUUGGUAGAGAAUAUGAAGCUGGAGGGAUAGCAAAAGAUGGUGCCAAGAUGGUAACUGCUGUAGCUUGUGCCAAUGUGCCUAAAAUAACAGUAAUUAUUGGUGGCUCUUAUGGAGCUGGAAACUAUGGGAUGUGUGGAAGAGCGUAUAGUCCAAGAUUUCUUUAUAUGUGGCCAAAUGCUCGCAUAUCGGUGAUGGGAGGGGAACAAGCUGCAACUGUUCUAGCAACAAUAGCUAAGGACCAAAAAGCAAGGGAGGGCAAACAGUUAUCUGAGGCAGAUGAAGCAGCUUUGAAGGAGCCAAUCAUCAGAAGGUUUGAGGAGGAAGGAAACCCUUAUUAUUCCAGUGCAAGGUUAUGGGAUGAUGGAAUUAUUGAUCCAGCUGACACAAGACUGGUUUUGGGCCUCAGUCUCAGCGCUGCAUUAAAUGCACCUACAAAGAAGACAGAAUUUGGGGUUUUCAGGAUGUAAAUUUAAGUGUACGCUCCUCAGAAUUACUUCUGUAUAUUUGUUGUAGUUGAAGGUAAAUUAGAGCCCAUUUUCUGACUGAGUUGCUGUAUGUAACUUCAUUUCUCUGAGAACUUACUGCAUGGUUUUGAGACAGCGUUCUUCUCUAAAGUGAUAGAUAACACAGGGUAUUGGUAUCCAGUCAGGCCAACGUUUAUACUUGACCGAGACUAUCUUCAAGCUGGUGGAAAAGGAGCCACACCUGCAAGGAGGGGCAAACAGGGAAGCUGACCCUAAACUGAUCAACUGAGUGUUCCGUCCCAUAUAUGUCAUACUCAGUGUAAACUGAGAGAUCACAAGGGUCUUGCCCUCUUCUGCCAUGGCUGACAUCCAGUGAGGACCUCGUCUGUCUGGUUGCUUCUGGUCCCAUAUUGUGUGUUCCUGAAUUCAGUUCCUUAGUCCAGCUCCUGCCUGGCUGUGGACUCAUUCCCUUGUGUUUGUUCUGCAGCAUUUGUGAUGAUGUAGAGUCAUCCAGGGGUGGGGAUGUGAUCUCAUAUAUUUGUUUAUAUUUUAUUACUUUAUAAUUAUUUUUAUUGUUAUCAUUAUGAUUUCACUAAAGCUGUAGUUCUAGUUUCCAACUUUUUCCUUCUUUUUCCUCUCAUUUCCUUCUUUCCUUUCCCUGAAGGGUGCUGGGGGGAAAGGGAUUUUGGAGACUCAACUGCACGGAUUUAGCUGCUGAGUUUGGCUGGGUGGGGCUAAACUGUGACAAUAUUUAAAUUGGAGCUGGAGAGCAAACUAACUGUAAUGUUGAGGUGAUUAAAAAAUAAAGAUUUAUACAAUGCUGUUUUUAAUGGAAA